GAUCCCUCCCCAGCCCGCACUCCUCAACCCACCCACCUACUUCCUCCCGCUCUCCGCACACUCCAGCUCCCAGCCGGCCAAAACUUUCCACCCUCCGCCCCCCCCCCUCCCCGAGCUAACUUCCUUCCAGCGUUUCCUGAGCUGGACGAUCCUCGGAUUUGUAAGACAGGAAAAAAAGAAGAGAGAGAGGAGAGAAGGCGUGAGGGCGGGCUAAGGAGACAGGAUGCUGGCUUUUGGCUUUAGCCAAGCGGUCUGAAGACGAAACCCGCGGGGGCCCAGGGCAAGAGGACGCAGCGCAGCCCCCACGGGGCUGUCCUCCUCGCCCCGCGUUCCUCUCCGGGACACCCACAAAGGCGGAGAGGAGGAAGGAACGCGGCCCCGGAGACUUCGCGCCGGAGCCUGUGGAAGUCCCGGGGACUCCCGGGUGAGGAAGUGACAACUCCCCGGGCGAGCAGCCUCUGGCACCGCACGGCACGGGCACGGCACGGCGGCCCCGGAGGACGCACCCGAGUGGAUCGCAGGCUCGGGUUGGCUCCGUCCGCGCGCGCUCGCGCGUCCCGCCGCGCCCCGACCCGCGUGCGCCUGGGGACCCCCUUGGCCCAGCCGCCCCGAGGGGUUCCGUGCGCCCGCCGUCGUCCUCGAGGUGAUCCAUGCGGACCCCCAGCGCGCCACGCUGCCGUCCGUGAUCUGACAACCCUCUCCCCUCCCCGAGACCAGCGUCCACGCGGUGCCGAGCAGAGGGAGGGCGAGGACGGAGGGGCAGCCCCUGGGACUAACUCAUGAAGAACAAGGGUGCCAAGCAGAAGCUGAAACGAAAGGGAGCCAGCGGUGCGUUUGGCUGUGACCUCACGGAGUACCUGGAAAGCUCGGGGCAGGAUGUUCCGUAUGUAUUGAAGAGCUGUGCAGAAUUUAUAGAGACUCAUGGCAUUGUGGAUGGGGUCUACCGGCUUUCAGGAGUCACCUCAAACAUACAGCGGCUGAGGCAAGAAUUUGUCUCAGGUCAUUGUCCAGAUCUGACAAAGGAGGUGUACUUGCAGGACAUCCACUGUGUGGGCUCCCUCUGCAAGCUCUACUUUCGUGAGCUGCCCAACCCCCUCCUGACUUAUGAGCUCUAUGACAAGUUCACGGAGGCAGUGUCACAUUGCCAAGAAGAAGGCCAACUGGCUCGAAUCCAAAAUGUUAUCCAGAAGCUUCCACCAUCCCAUUAUAGGACCUUGGAAUACCUGAUUCGACACCUGACCCACAUCGCCUCCUUCAGCAGCAAGACCAACAUGCAUGCCAGGAACCUGGCCCUGGUGUGGGCCCCAAACCUCCUCAGGUCUAAAGAAAUCGAAGCCAGCGGGUGCAGUGGGGAUGCAGCCUUCCUGGCCGUCCGGGUCCAGCAGGUGGUGAUUGAAUUCAUACUGAACCAUGUGGAUCAAAUCUUUAACAAUGGUGCUCCUGGGCCUCUGGAAAACAAUGAUGACAGGCCCAUCAUGAAGAGCCUGACUCUGCCAGUAUUGUCACCCAUGAAGCUGGUGAGCCUGGAGGAGGCUCAGGCCCGCAGCCUGGCUACAAACCACCCCGCUCGGAAAGAAAGGAGGGAGAACAGCCUGCCUGAGAUUGUGCCUCCCAUGGGCGCUCACUUCCACACUGUCCUUGAGUUGCCAGAUAGCAAGAGAAAACUUUCCAGUAAAUCAAAGAAGUGGAAAUCUAUAUUCAACUUGGGACGAUCUGGGUCAGAUUCCAAAUCAAAACUGAGUAGAAAUGGGAGUGUCUUUGUGAGAGGACAGCGGCUCUCAGUGGAAAAAUCUGCUAUCCGACCAGCUAAAAGCAUGGACUCACUGUGUUCAGUACCUGUGGAAGGAAAAGAAACCAAGGGAAAUUUUCAUCGGACCGUCACCACUGGUGGAUUUUUCAUUCCAGCCUCAAAAAAGCACUCAAACAACACUGGCAGCUCCUGUGACCUCAGCAAGCAGGAGGGCGAGUGGGGUCCGGAGGGGAUGCCGGCAGGGGCAGAGGGAGGCUUUGAUGUGAGCAGUGACAGGAGCCAACCCCAGGGCACUCAGGUCCGGCCUCCACCGGAGCAGCUGAAGGUGUUCCGUCCGAUCGAGGACCCCGAGAGCGAGCAGACAGCCCCUAAGAUGCUCGGCAUGUUCUACACCUCCAACGACAGCCCCAGCAAAUCUGUCUUCAGCAGCAGCCUCUUCCAAAUGGAGCCCUCGCCCCGUCACCAGCGCAAGGCGCUAAACAUCUCUGAGCCCUUCGCUGUGUCCGUGCCACUCCGUGUGUCUGCUGUCAUCAGCACCAACAGCACCCCAUGCCGAACACCCCCCAAGGAGCUGCAGUCUCUGUCCAGCCUGGAAGAAUUUUCUUUCCAGGGCUCAGAGAGUGGGGCUUGGUCAGAAGAGGAGAAGCUCCAGGGAGCUGAGAUUUCCACAGCUCCUGUCACCAAGAAGGCAGCUCCAGAGGCCAGCAAGCCAACCGAAUCCCCCCGGACAACGGAAUGUGGCCAAGGCCCUUCCCAGGAGCCAGGUGUCCCACUGGAGAAGAAUACCUCCCUGAGCUCUCCACAUUCAAGGGAACUAGAGAAGUUGGAGAAGGAGAUGGAGGAGCAUCCGCCAGAUGGCCAAGUGGGACCCAGUGCAGCACAGGAAAGUCCCAGGCCCAGAGCAGAAGCCAUGUUUCUUCAAGAGAUGGAUGAAGAUGAUCUGGCUAAUGUCCUAAUCUGGCCAGAGAUUCAACAGGAGCUGAAAAUAAUUGAAUCUGAGGAGGAGCUCUCCACCUUGCCACCACCUGCUCAGAUCGACCCACAUCAGCCAGUUCUUGAGUCAAAUACAGAGCCUUUUCCUUCCCCAGAGCCUCCAGGGAUCUUGUAUUGUGGCUCCAGCCCUCCAGAGGCAUGGACUAAGGACUCCACCAUUCAGAACACACAAGGGGCUGCUAUAGCAGCCAAUACAGAGAAGCUGGAGCCAACCAUCUGCAUCUCUAGAUCCUCACCUGAACAGGCCCCAAGUCCAGAUCGUGGAAGUCUGGCUCCUCUGGCAAUAAUUCCCUUUGAGAAGUCAUCUUCACCCCCAAGGAUAAAGGUGGAAGGUCUAGGGAAUGUCUCUCCUCCACUCCUUCCUGCUGCUCCCCCUCCAACACCUCUGGAGGAGCCACCUGGAGGCUUUCUGGCCAAGGGAAGUCCUGAGAGAGAAGAUCCCACUCAGACUUUGAGGACCCAUUCCUAUGUAGAGCAGCCAACGUCCAAAGACAAUCCUGGGACCCCUGGUCCCUGUGGAGAAGAGGAAGAUGCUCCAAGACAGAAGGAAAAGCCACAUUCAAAACAUGCUGCUCCCAAGGAAAAGGGCUCUGGUUUCCCUAGCCCAACGAAAGAGCUUGAGAUCUUACCACAAGGAAGGGGGGAUGUCAUCCACUCAGGGCAGGAGCCUUCAGACUGUGAUGAAGAUGACACUGUGACAGACAUUGCUCAGCAUGGCUUGGAGAUGGUGGAGCCCUGGGAGGAGCCGCAGUGGGUGACGAGUCCCCUUCACUCUCCCACCCUCAAAGAGGUGCACGAGUCCCAGCCCCAGGGCCCCCAGAGCCAUCGAUUGGAAAGGAGGCUUUGCCACAGGCCCAGCCUACGCCAGAGCCAUUCUCUGGAUAGCAAGGCCACGGUUAAGAGCCAGUGGACUCUUGAUGAUGUCUCCUUCUCCAGCAGCUGUGCCAAUCUGGACUCUGAGAAGAAUUCUGACACUCAGCAGCCCCCAGCAACCAGGAGAGAGAUGACUGGAUUGGAUGAGAGAACCCUGAAGUCCUUUAGAGAGUUCUCUGGCCUGAAAGGGGGAGAAGGACUUCCCAGCCCAAAGGGAACAGAUAAUGGACUAUCCAAACCAGCAGACACCAGCCCUAUCAGCUUAGGGGAGAAAAAAGAUCAGGGGCAACCAUGGAGGCACAGCAACUCCCAGAUGAAGCAAGACAAUGUCUCCAAAGCAGAACCCAACAAGGAAAGCUCCCCUGGCAUUCAGGACAGCAGCACUUUACCUGAAGAGCAACCUCCAAAGUUACAGCUGAGGAGCACUGAGGGUGGGCCCUCAAAAGGGAAAAACAGACCUUCUUCUCUCAACUUGGACUCUGCCGUUCCCAUGGCUGACCUUUUCUGGCUUGAGAAUGGGGCCUCGUUUAGUACACCUGAAAUGCAGCUCCCUGAGCCAAGAGAUCCCCAGGUCCCCUGGGUGACUUCAUCUCAAUGUAAAGCAGACUCCUGGAAGGUUUAUCCUCAAGACACCCAGGACCUGGAUGUUUUUCCUCACACCCUCACAGGUCGCCGGAACUCAGCUCCUGUGAGUGUGUCAGCGGUGAGAACCUCCUUCAUGGUGAAAAUGUGUCAGGCCAAGGCAGUUCCAGUCAUCCGGCCCAAGAUUCAGUACACACAGAACCCACAGCCCCUGCCUUCUCAGAACACAGGGGAGAGUGGGGCUCAGCCUCUGGAGAAGAGCCAAGAAGAACUUAGUUCAAUGGGUGCCACCUCUCAGAAACCAGCCAAAGAUGAAUCUUCCUCCUCCUUGGAAAGCCCAAAAGAAGAGAAACCAAAGCAAGACACGGGAACCAUUAAGGCCUCAUUGGUAGAUGCCACUGCCUUGUGCCUGUGGGAGGGAUCCAAUCUCUCUCCAGAACCAGGCUUGUCCAACCUGCACACCACCCAGGAUGCAACAGUGCAGUGCAGAAAGCGUUUGUCAGACACAGAAGCAUCUGGGGACAACCCUCUUUCUUCAAAAAUAGAGCGGUCCUCUGGAGGUGCUAAGUCUUUCCACAGGCCCAGGUCUGGAAGACCUCAGAGCCUGAUCUUAUUCAGUCCUCCUUUCCCCAUCAUGGACCACCUGCCCCCCUCGUCCACAGUGGCGGAUUCCAAGGUCCUGCUGUCCCCGAUCAGAAGUCCCACUCAGACAGUUUCCCCUGGCCUUCUCUGUGGAGAGUUGGCAGAAAACACAUGGGUCACUCCAGAAGGUGUUACCCUUAGAAAUAAAAUGACUAUCCCUAAGAAUGGCCAAAGACUGGAGACAUCAACUAGCUGUUUUUACCAGCCCCAGCGGAGAUCAGUGAUUCUGGAUGGAGGAAGUGGGAGGCAAAUAGAAUGAUGUCAGUUCACCUGCUGGUGUCUGCAGAAGAAUGUCAUGAUCCACCCGGAAGUUAUUUACAGGGCCAAACUGCCAUCUCCCAGGAACAGGUUAUCUAAGCAUGGGCUUAUAAUUUGACCUCCAACUUUUUUUUUCAGCCUUUGACCAUUCAUUAAUGAUCCCUUUUUCUACAAGAGUGACCAAGGGAAAGACCAAAGGGUAAAACUGAGAUAAGGUCAUAUGAGCAAGAAGGAAAGGGUUAGGUAAGGGAAGAGUAUGGAAUGUCUGCUGCCUUUGAAAUCGGGGUGAGUUGUACUCCUCCCCCAUUACCAUUAUCUAUUAGAGCUGAGAGCUGGCUGUGAGCAUGUCCUUUGAAAGAAAGAAAAAUUCAUUGCCUGUCAGGAAAUGUUGCCAUUGAGAUUUGAAGGCCUCUUCUUCAUGCUUCUUAACACUCUAAAACAUGUGUUGUUUUAGAUCCAUUUACUAAUAAGCUUUGUUAAAAGAAGCAAAAUAGGGUGCACUUAGAUACCCAAGUUGAUAAAUGUUACCACAUGUUGUUUCCCUGGAAUCUCUGUGGACCUGCCAAAAUGAUUCUGUAUACCAGAGUAGAAGGGUAGAAAACUACACUCAAACCUUGAGACUGGCACCAUCCAUGAAGACUUUCUGGCUGUGGCUUUCAUUAACUUGGAACUCUGCCUGCCACUAUACUGAUUUAUCAAUUUGGUAACUGGGAAGAAUAGGGGUUGAGCUGAGGAUUGCCAUUGGAUCUUCUUUUGGGUAUCCAUCAGCUUUCUUAACAUCAGAAUCUUAAGCACAUUGGUCAUUGCACAUGGAUAAAAAAGUCUUACAUAUAAGCACAAUUACAUGCAAACCAUAUGUGUUUUAAUUUGCUGGGGCAGUAGCAGAAGCCAUGUCUAGUUCAGUUCCAGCCUUUCUAUGCUAGGCUGGGCAGGACAGGAAGAGUUCAGGGAGGAUCAAGCUCUAGAAGAUUGGCCAUCACUACCAUGCUCAGAAGCUGCUCUCCUCGAUAAUGAAUCACAUUGGCCAGUGGGUCCCUUCCCUUUCUCUCCAUUAACUCAAGAGCAGAGGUGAGGCACCUCUUUCCUUCCAUAACUCCCCUUAUUCAUCACCUACUCCAGACAUUCAAACUUGCUUUCUUCCCAAUAAACCAAUGUGAUUUUCUUGGAGUUAGAAUUUUCAAUGGUUCUUUUCAGAUGGAGAGGGGAAGGAAAAUGAGUAUACCUGCUGAAAGAUUUUUAGUGCUCCCCAGAAGGCUUCACGGGGCACCUCUUGUCAGGUUCAAACCUGGCUGGACCUUACAGAAAGUAGAAGGUGGUCAGUUAUUGCAAAGUUCCCUAAGAGCACACACACACACCGGGUUGGGGGGGGCACCAUUUUCUUCAC